GGGUACUACUGCAUCACAGGAUACGCGAUUCAGUGACAAGGAGAAAAAGCUGCUCAAACAAAUGAAGUUCGGGGAUUCUUUAACACAGAAGGUCGACAUGACCAAGGUGAAGCUUGAUACAAUCAAGCCAUGGAUAACUACAAAAAUUACUCAAAUUCUGGGUAUGGAAGACGACGUAGUUGUCGAAUUUGUUUAUAAUCAACUUGAGGAGAAGUUUCCGGAUCCAAGAAAAAUGCAGAUUAAUUUGACGGGUUUUCUCAAUGCUAAAAAUGCACGUUCGUUUAUGGGGGAACUGUGGGACUUAUUAGUUUCAGCGCAAGAAAGUACCAACGGUAUACCUGAGGCUUUCUUGCAGCAGAAGAAAGAUCAGUUGAAAAAACGAAUGGAAGAACAACAGCAACUACAAGCGUCUCUAGCUGAGAAAGAGAAGGAAAAAGAAAAGGAUGAUGAUAAAAUAAAGAAAGAAGAAAAAGAACGCGGUAAUUCGAAAGAACGUAAAAGAGAUCGCAGUCGUGAUCGCGAUAGAGAUAGGAGCAAGAGAAGUCGCUCAAGGGAUAAACAUCGUGAUCGUGAUCGUUCAAGUCGCAAACAUAAGUCACAUUCAAAAUCGCCAAGUAAACCGGUAUCUAAAGAUAAUGGUAAAGAUAUUUCAGAUAUAAAAAAUGAAAAAGAAGAUUCUCCUCAACCAGAAAAUGCAAUUCCUGUUAUGCCCAUGAAAACUAAGCCAGAAGCAGCUGUUGCGAUAUCGCGAUUGCAAGCAAAAUUGAUGAGCAUAGCUGAUGGUAAAAAGAAAAAUCGUUCGGUAUCACCUGAGAAUGAAAAAAAAAAAUCACGCUCAAAAUCACCAUCUAUUAAUCGUCAAAAGAAAUCAAAAUCAAAAUCACCAGCACUCGUAACAGCUGUAACAGCAACAAUGACAUCGACAGCUAUAACUACAACGACAUCAACGAAAACUAGCAGCCGUAGAUCUAGAUCACCAGUAUCAAGGUCACGUAGAUCGCGCUCUAAAUCACGAGCACGCAGAUCAAGAUCUAAAUCAAAGUCACGGCGUUCUAAAUCACGCUCUAAUGACCGCUCCAAGUCACGUAGAUCAAAAUCACGCUCGCGUAAUUCACGCAGUAAGUCAAGAUCACGAUCUAAGAAAUCUCGAUCCAAGAGUGUGGAUCGUAGUAAGAGUCGUAAGUCUCGAUCGGAUUCGAGUGACUCCGGGUCGUCUAAAUCACGAUCAAAAUCACCGAGCAAAAGGAAAGAUCACAAAAAACGAAAUGCUAGUUCUAGCAGCAGCUCUGACAGUGGUGACGAUAAACGUGGCAAGGAUAAAAAUGAUUUUGAAAUUCGCAAAAAGAAAGACGGAGUUCAGGCCAAGAGAUCGUAUCGUAAAACAAACAAAGAUGAUAGUGGUAGUGAUAGUGAUUCAAGUCGCGAAAGAAAAUCUGGCAUUAAGAGACGAAGUAUUUCACCGAGGAAAGAUCGAGACAGGUCGAGAGACCGUGACAGAUCACGAGAUCGAUCUCGCGAUCGUAAUCGCAGGCGUUCAAUGGACCGUGAUAGGGAUCGUCGAAGAGAUCAUGACAGAGAUCGUGACCGUAUUGACAGAUAUAGCGGUGGUCGUAACAUGAGGCCUCCAUCUUCACGUCGCGCUGGUGAUUGGCGAAGGAGUCCUCCACGCAGAAGUCCAUUGAGGUAUCGUCGCCGAAGCCCAAGUCUCAACCGACGAAGACGUUCACCAGAUCGUCGUCGCAGGUCAUCGGAGCGCCAUGAUCGUCGUAGAUCACUCGAUCGCCGGAACAGCGGACGUCGAUCACCAGACGUUCGUGAUCGCGCCAACAGGUAUGAUAGGUCUUCUUCACGUGAUAAAUCUAGCAGGCGAGAUCGCUCGAAGGAUCGUCGCGAUAAGGACAAAAGAUCGAGAUCGAAAGAUGCCCGCUCGUCGCUGGACCGCUCGAAGGAUAGCAAGAAGUCUCCUGAUCGUUCUAGAGAUGUCCCUAAGGAGAAGCCGAAGGAAAAGAAAGCUGUUGAUGAAAAGCCUAAGAUUGUUAAUGACAAUCCACGGAAAGAAAUUCGUAAUGGACGUUCUAAGUCUAGCAGUUCUGACAGUAGUGACAGUAGUUCUUCUGAUGAUGAUCAAGCUAGGUAUGUUUUAUCAAUAUUUUAUACAUUUUCAAAAAGUUUAUCACGUACACCGUCACCUUUCAAGAAAACUGAAGACAUUAUUGCCGCUGCUGCGGCUGCCGCUAAAACUAAAGUAGCUCCCAAAGACAAUAAAGAAGAUUCUUUGAAAUCAAUAACCAUGCCACCGACUGAAGUGUUUCAAUUAAAGAAAGACGAUCGGUCAUCAUUCAAAUCAAUUAAGCUCCCUGCAGAGGACAGUAAAAAACCGGCAGUAAAAGCCCCAGAAGUAAUUAAUGCUAAAAAACCCGUUGAAGUAAUUAAAAAAUCUCGAAAAGACAAAUUAGAUCAUUCUUCGGACUCGGAGGAUAGUGAUGACGAUGUAAGAGCUAAACAACGUAAAAAUGAUAAGUUGAGAAAGUCUAGAAAGAGUUCAGCUGAAGAAGAAAAAGUUGAAAAAGCUGAUAGUAGUUCUGAAUCUGACGAUGAACGUACAAAACAUUCAGAUCAAUUGAAACGUAUUAAAGAAAUGACGACACGUGCUGAAUUAAUUGACGAACGUAAUAAAGAACGUAAAAUGGAAAUGAGUAGAAAACGUGAUACAAGUGAGGCUGAUUUAAGAAGAAAAUCGCGAAAAGAUAUUGAGGAAGAAGUUAAGAAAUCUAAACGUCCUAGAAAAGACUCGUCUUCUGAUGACGAUGAACCCAAAUCUAAGAAAUACAGUCGUGAGGAUGAGAAAUCACGGUCAAGAAAGUCGAAAAAAGAUUCUACUAGUUCUGAUGACGAGCCUAAGAAAUCACGUAAGCGACGUGACAGUUCCUCAGAUGCAGAGAAAUCGCGUACUAGAAAAGCCCAAAAAGAUUCAGUUGCAAGUGAUGAUGAACGGCCAGUUAAAGUUAAAAAAUCAAGAAAAGAUUCUAGUUCUGAUGACGAAGAAAUUGAAAAGGAGUCUUCUAAGAAGAAGCGCAAAGGUGAUGACAGUUCUGAUGAUGAAAAGAUUAAAAAGAAACGCAAAAAAAGAGCUAAAACUAGCACCAGUGAAUCAGAGGAAAGUGAAGUAGAAGAAAAGAAACGAAAGAAAGAAAAGAAGCACAAAAAACAUAAGAAGCACAAGAAGCAUCGAAAACACAAGAAAAAGAAGGUUGCCGAUUCUGAUGAAUCAGAUGUGAGUGAAGGUAAUACAGAGGAGCUCGAAAAAAAGCUUCGGGAAAAAGCUCUUAAAUCAAUGAAAAAAGGACACAGUAUCGAACGAAGUGACUGA